CCCCUUGCCGAAUGCCUCCGGAGUCCUACUUCCUCCUCAUCACGCCUCUCUUCUCUAACUUCCCUUCUGGUCAUGAAUUCAGACCAGAGGUAAUAUCAGUUGCAGAAGCAGCAGAGCAGCCCUGUUAAUGGCAAACGAAGGGGCAGUAAUGGAGAAGAUGGAAGGAGAAGAGCAAGGAAGCUGGGUUUCAGUUGCAGAAACCUUCCAUUCCCGUCACCUCUCCAACCCGUGCAUAAGCUAAUUUUAACAGAAUAUCACCGAUUACUUCACCCAAAACUACAGUUGUUCCAUCAAUCCGCCAUUCUCGCACCUCAAAACAUGAAGCGCCCGGCCGCCACCGAUUCCAUCAUCGCCCCCUUCUACUCUUCUGAGGAAAGAGGAGAAAUGAUGCCGGAAGAAGAAGACGAAGAUGAUGAGAUUUGCUGCGGCGGCGGCGGCGGUGGCGGCGGCGGCGGAUUGAAGAAAAGAAGGCUGGGAACUGAUCAAGUUCGAGCUUUGGAGCGAUGCUUCGAAAUAGAGAACAAAUUAGACCCCGAGCGAAAGGCUCGUCUAGCUCAAGAGCUCGGUCUCCAGCCCCGCCAGGUUGCCGUCUGGUUCCAGAACCGCCGCGCACGGUGGAAGACAAAGCAGCUCGAGCGCGACUUCGCCUCCCUCAAAUCCCGCUACGAUGCCCUCCGCCUCGACUUCGAUUCCCUCCGCCGCGACAACCACUCCCUCCUCGCCGAACUAACCGACCUCAAAUCCAAGCUCGGCCCAAUCGCCGCCGCUAAACACGAAUCAGUCCUCGCGGCGGCGAAGCAGGAAGAAGAGAAGAUGGAAGUUGUGAGACCGUUAGCGCCGCCACCGAUGCUCGGCGACGGAUCCAGCGACAGCGAUUCAAGCGUUGUGCUCACCGACGACAACAGAUUGGAAGGGGGAAUUGUGUAUCAGGCUCAGCAAAUGUUUAAGAUGGAGGAGCAUAGUUUCUUCGGCGGGGAGGAGCCCUGCAGCUCCGCCUUCUUCUCCGACGAGCACGUUCCGACUCUUGCUUGGUUUUGCAAUGAUCUCAACAGCGCCGGCGGCUGGUAAAUGAACGGUGAUUUAUGAGACCAGCUGCUAAGAAUUGUAAAAGGGCGGAUUAAAUUGUUGUAUCGCAGUGGGAGAUCGAUGAACAAGAUGGGAUUUUUCCUUCGGUUUGCUUGAGAAAUUUUUUGUAAAAUGCACAGUGUAUGUAAUAUUUACUUCAGUC